UCAGAGUCACAGUAUAACCAUGGACCCCCGUACCAGUGCCCAGGACGUGAUGCGAUGUGACCUGUGUGAGACCGCUGUGGUACAGAUGCACUGUGAUACAUGUCUUGUCAACCUGUGUAAGGCCUGUGUUGGAGAACACAUUUCAACAGAUGAAUCCAAAAAUCACAAAGUCGUCAAAUUUAAUGCCAGGAAAUCCACUCCCCUCUACCCUGGAUGUAAAUUUCAUAACAAACAAGAAUGUACAAUGUAUUGUAAUCAAUGUGACAUUCCUGUUUGUAUAAAGUGUCUAGCAUCUGAUAAACACCUGGGUCAUAAGUUAUCAGAAAUCGUACAGAUUGUGGAAGAAAAAAAAGACAAAAUCAUCAAACAACUAACUGAAUUAAAUGACACAAUUUAUCCAACCUACCAGGACAUUGCCUCUGAUGUACAAAACAGAAUACGUCAGUUAGAAAAGGAAUAUGGAGAUCUCUCAACAGCCGUUACAAAACAUGGAGAGGACUGGCAUAGAGAAAUUGAUAAACUUGUCAAGAAACUUAAAGCUGAAGUGGAUGAGAUGAAAAAUACACAGUUCCAAACUCUACAGAAACAUCUGGAUGAAAUAAACAAGAAAAUUUCUGACAUCAAGGAUGAAAUCAAUUCAGUUGAAAUGGCUAUAGACACUAAUGACUUGUCAAAACUGUUUAGUGUUACAUCAAAUGUACAUAUAUACAGAAACCUUCCACAAAAACUAUCACCAACCUUAUCCAAAUUCAUUCCAGAAAAAAUUCAAGGAGAAAAUCUCAGUAAAUUGUUUGGAACUUUAUCCUCAAGAUCUUUAACUUCAGAUAAACAUGGCUACAGCAUGAAGACAACACAGAAAUCACCAGAAGCUGGAUCCUCUCCUCCAGUCAAACAGCUGCUUGAUGAACCAGAGACAGUCACCACCAUAGACACUGGGUAUGAAGAACUUUACAAUGUGGCCUGUCUGAGUGGUGAAGAAAUCUGGACGAGAGGAAAUAACAAAAUCAUGAAACUCUACAGCAUCAAUCAGGGAUCUCUACUCAAGUCAAUCACAACCAAGUCCGGGAACUAUCCAUGGGACAUAGCAGUGACAAAAAGUGGAGAUCUAGUUUAUACUGAUUACAGUGAUAGAACUGUGAAUAUUGUGGAGAAUGAGAAGACGGAGGAGGUGAUCAGACUACAGAACUGGAUACCUCGCAGUGUCUGCAGUACCUCCUCUGGUGACCUCCUGGUUGUCAUGUACAGUGGUAAUGACAAACCAACAAAAGUUGUCCGUUACUCUGGUUCCACAGAGAAACAAAACAUUCAGUUUGAUGAUAAAGGUAAACCUCUCUAUUCAUCUAAUCCUUAUAACAGAUACUACAUAUCUGAGAACAGGAACCUGGAUAUCUGUGUGUCUGAUGAUGGAGCUAAAGCAGUAGUGGUGGUCAAUCAGACCGGGAAACUGAGAUUCAGUUACACUGGACAUACUCCCGCUUCAAAGAAAAAACCAUUCAAUCCACUAGGAAUCACCACAGACAGCCAGAGUCACAUCCUUACAGCUGAUUAUAUCAAUGACUGUGUCCACAUCAUAGACCAGGAUGGACAGUUCCUCCGUUACAUAGAAUGUGGACUGAGUGAUCCCUGGGGACUGUGUACAGAUACAAAUGACAAUCUGUUUGUUGCUCAACGUGAUAACAGACGAGUGAAGAAAAUCAAAUACAUGUGUUGAAUCUAGGGCUGUAUAUUGAGCAAACAUGGGAAAAUAGAAAAUUGAAUUGAGUUAAUUCCCUUUUCAAUAUGUCAACAAAAAUGUUUUUGAUCUGAUGUGACAGUGCCUGAGAUCAAACAUUUUCUUAUUGCAUAAUUGAUUAGAAUAAAAAAAAUCAGAAUUU